GUGGGACAUACGCUCCAACAUCUCGGUAUUUCGUAGUGAACUCGCUACCAGAUCGGAUCCUCCAUUCAGGAAAGAACCGUCGCAAGUCUCCGUGUCCAAUAUCCAACUUGCUAUCGUGAUCCUUGCGGAAAGUAAGCUGCGAUCUGGUACACAUUCGCCCGUUGUUCAUAUUUCAACAACAUGGCGCCGAAUUUAUUCGGUAGCUCAGCGACUUUAUUCCUCGAAGCUUCCCAGCAAGACGUAUCGCAGAAAAAAAAUGCGUCAGGAAAAACGAUAACGCAAAAAGUGCCGCUGCAAAACACACAAAACUCGCCGCCCAAAUAUAAAUGGAAGAUCGUUUGGAGAAAUGUGAUAGCUUUCCUUUAUCUUCAUUGCGGUGCACUUUAUGGACUGUAUAUUUUAACAGUGGCUGCCAAAUUUUACACAUUUCUUUGGAUUGUCAUAGUCGCAGUUUUCGCUGCUGUUGGUGUUACAGGAGGUGCUCACAGAUUGUGGGCCCAUCGGUCUUAUAAAGCAAAAUGGCCAAUGAGAGUCAUUCUUAUGAUUUUACAGACCAUAGCUUUUCAGAAUCACAUUUACGAAUGGGUGAGGGAUCACAGAGUUCACCAUAAAUUCACAGAUACGGAUGCCGAUCCGCAUAACGCGCAGAGGGGUUUCUUUUUCUCGCACAUGGGUUGGCUUUUGGUUCGCAAGCAUCCGGACGUUAUUAAAAAGGGUGCUACAAUCGACAUGAGCGAUCUCGAGAAGGACGCCGUCGUCGUAUGGCAACGUAGAUUGUAUAUUAUCCUGAUGCCGCUUUUCUGCUUCCUGCUACCCACCUGGGUGCCGUGCCACUUUUGGAACGAGAAACCCAUGUUCGCGUGGUACGCCACCCUCUUCAGAUACACGUUGUCGCUGCACCUGACCUGGCUUGUGAAUUCUGCGGCUCAUAUUUGGGGCAUGAAACCGUAUGACAACACCAUCAGCCCCACCGACAGUUACAGCGUCGGCAUCGGCGCCCUCGGUGAAGGUUGGCACAAUUACCAUCAUGUUUUCCCGUGGGAUUAUAAGGCCGCUGAGCUGGGCAAUUAUCGCACCAACUUCACCACUGCCUUUAUCGAUUUCUUCUCCUGGAUCGGCUGGGCGUACGAUUUGAAGACCGUAAAUCAUGCUAUAAUACAGAAACGCGCUGCCAAAACGGGCGAUGGUUCGAAAUAUGAGCGAACGACCGACCAUCACAAUACGCAACAUCAUACGCACGAUGAUGCUAUAUGGGGCUGGGGCGAUACUGAUAUGGCUGCUGAAGAUAUGCAAAAGGCCCAGAUAAUCAAUCAAGGCGACUGAAAUCCAGUUCUUCCGAUAUCGAGCCGACCGAUCGGACCUGAGGAUCGACCCAGUGUAUUCAAUCGAGGAUUUAUGAUCACAGAAAGCGUCUUCUAUAUCAUUUUAAAAUAAUAUUCUCUUAAAAAAGCUUGACUUUGUUAAAAAAUCAAUUAAAGUUUCACGAGAAAAGACAAUUACUGAAGAUUAUUAAAGAUUCUGACCAAAUUUACAGAGUUAUUUUUUAUUUAUAUAUUAUUUGACUAAACAUUUUGAAGACUUGCUUUUUUCUUAAAAAAAAGAUCAAAAAAUAAUAAAAAAUCAAAAAAUAUUUCUUCGCCAAGGAAAAAUAUAUUUCAAAUUAAUCAAAGAAUACAUCAAUAAAAUGCAAAUGAAUAUUCUAUAUAUUAUCACACAUCAGUUGCAUCCACUCAAGAAUAAUAUAUAUAAGGCGAGAGAUGCUUAUAAUCAGUCUAAUACAAGCUAGUCGCCCAAAAUAAUCGACCGGCGAUCCGAAUUAAUGUGCCGGCAUUUCAUACAAUCAUUAUGUACCUAGAAAUCAAAUUCAUUUGUGGCCUUCUGAAUGACUGACUUUAGGUCAUAUUAGUUUGUAUCGAGACUGUUUCAAAAUCUCAUGGUCAAUUCUUUAAUAACUAUAACACAAAAAAGCGUAAUCGUAAUCAAUUUUUAACACUGUUGUAAUAUCGAGUAAUAUAGUUUAAUAGAGAGCCUAAAGUUAAUCGAUAAUGGGGACGCGAAAAUCAAUAUUUAUUACGCUUCAUUAAAAGCGGAAAUUAUUAAGAUAAGAAAUUCAUAAAUAUAUGAGAGACAACAAUCUCAAGUUUUAACGACUGUUGAUCACGUAGAUGAGUAGAAAAAUAGCUCACACAUUAAUUUUGUAGGUACAAGCGGCAAACUAUUAAACAUUCAUAUCGUGUUUUAAUUGACCUCUGAUUUCUUUCAACAUGAUGGCGAUAAAAAUUUCAUGUGGUAUCAUAUCACUUUCGCUAUCGUGAUACCGUGACACCGAUCGCUAUUUUUCUAACGAAUGUAUCACAAUUAAUAACAAUUAAAGCUAAUUUAAUAUUACAAAAGUGUGAAAUAAAUUCGUAACGUAAAAAAUAUGCUUUAGAAAAAUGCAUUCAAAAAAGAUAUUGUAUAUAAGUUCUAAAUUUAUUUCAUUCUUGAUUAUAGCACAAAAUAUACAUUCUUUCUAGUAUUAUAGCGCUACCAAUUUAAAUAUUAUUUGGCAUUGUCAUAUUUAUAAAUAUUAUGAUAAUAUAUAUUAAUAUCGUAGUAAUAUUCCAGUCAUAAUUGCGCAAAACUAUUUUCAUGUCGCACAUGAUACAGAGAUGCAUUAGAAAUCGGCGAUUAGCAAUCGAUUAGCUUUGAUAUAAUCAAUUCUAUAGAUGAUACGAUGAUAAUCAGACCGCUGUAUAUUAUACUUAUGUAAUUAAUUCAGGAACGAUCCGAGAAAGAGAGAUCGCGCGACGCGGACCCGAAUUUUGCCUGUCUUUCGUAAAUAAUCGUCAUGUGCAGGGUUUGCGUCCGAUAGCGCGGCCUCGAGUAGCGAUUUCGCAAAGCGAUCGUUACGAAAGUGCAUUGUUCGAGCGCAUAAUGCCAAUUGCGUGACACGCAAUUAAAAUCUCCGCAUCGUUUUAUCAUAGUGAUUGUAAUAACGAACGAGGAAAACGAGCAUAAACAGGUUUAAUAGACCAAGUGUUACGAGUGUCACAAAAAUCAUUAUACAAAGAUCAUUAUAAAAAAAAAUCUCGCACAAACGAGUCUUUUUAAUACUCAAGUGAUCACGUAGAUAUUUACGAAUCUGUAUAUUUGUAAUGACGUUUGUCGAAAGAAUCGUAUAAUUUUCCGAUUAAGAAUUAAAUAAGAAUUUUGAGUUUGCCAAAAAUUCAAAAUUUAUUCUGCCUUAUAUUAAUCUUUAUAUGCACGGCUGUUUUUAUUACUUCUGAUUUAUAUUCCCGCGAAACUCUUUCGCAAAUCGACGUCGUAAAUAAUUUGUCCGAAUCUAUACAUGAAUUUUGUAUUGUUAUUGUACUAGUAAACUUGUGCGCAUAUGUAUCUAUUGUACUUAUAUCUGUGAUGACUUAGAAUUCUUCCCUACGAUUGAGAGACGACUGUUCGAUAAAUUCAUAGAUUGAUAGCUGAUUCAAGUGCGAGAUCCCUGCGAGAAGCCACAAGGUUUUCUAUCUUAAAUAAUAUCAAUUUCAAGAGAAUAGCACAAUUGGCACUUUUGUUACGAAUCGUUUUUCUUUUCUAACACGGACCGAUAGUGUCUUAUAAGUUUUAAAAGCAUAGUUUAUAAAAAGAAAUAAAAGAUAAGGUCUGACUUAUAUAAUAUUAUAUGAGAUAAGUCGCGUUAAAAUGAACGACACUUCGUUGUAAUUAUUUGUUUCACGUAGAUUUUGCUAAGACAAUAUCGAUAUAUUUAUACACAUUGUAUUUAUAAUAUAUAAAUAAAUUAUUGUUAUUGAUA